UCAUUCACCGUGGUAAGACUACAUUGGAAAACUGUGUAUUGCAGUGCGAAACGACAGGAGUCACAGUACGAACAUCAGCAGAAUUUUUAAUGAAGAACUCCGAUUUAUAUGGUGCCAAGGGUGCUGGUAUAGAAAUAUAUCCUGGGAGUAUGUGUACCCUGAGUGACAAUGGGAUCCAUCACUGCAGGGAUGGGGUCCUCAUUAAGGACUUCUUAGAUGAACAUUAUGACAUUCCCAAGAUAUCCAUGGUAAAUAAUAUUAUACAUAAUAAUGAAGGCUAUGGCGUUGUCUUGGUGAAACCAACAAUUUUCUCUGACCUGCAAGAAAAUGCCCAAGAUGAAACUGAAGAAAACAAAGCACUUAAAAUUCAAACAAGUGGAGAGACAGAUGCAACUGAAAGAGUGGAUCUAGAAGAGCUGAUUCAAUGUGCAACUGAUAAAAUGGAGCUUUAUGCAAGAUCUGACCUUUCUGAUCAAGUAGAGGGAAAUUGUGAAAUUGUAAAUGAACUAGUUGCUAUCUCCACUCAGAAAGGCCAGAUGAAGAAGAAAAGGUUGAGUGAACUAGGUAUCACACAAGCUGAUGACAACCUAAUGUCACAGGAGAUAUUUGUUGGAAUUGUGGGGAAUCAGUUCAAGUGGAAUGGGAAAGGGAGUUUUGGCACAUUUCUUUUCUGACCACAGUGUAAAUAGAUCACAAAAUAUUGGAUUUUGCACAUGCUGCCCUGAGAAUCACAGUCAUUGUAGUUUGCUUUUUUUCUUUAUAUUUGAUAUAUUGAUUGGGCUUGAAUUAAAUGUAGAUUUAUUUCUAUUUGCAGGUGUUGCACAUAAAACACUCCCUCUUUAUAAGAAAGAUCGUAGAAACAUAUAAAACAGAGACUAUUUGGA